AUGCAUGCGACUUUUACUGCCACCCAGCUCAGAAACUCUCCUACGGUUCUUCGCUUCCUGCAUCAAAAGAAUAUUGCAUCCAAGCCAUGGACAACCGGUGCUAGUGAUCUCAAUAUCGAGACAGAUGCAAUCAUGAAGUACUUGGACCACAUCUUUCCCUUUUUAUUUCCUCAUUGCAGGCCAUCGCUGUUCGAAACAGGAAGAAGCUGGAUACUUGCUCUGCUAAGGGAAAGCAAGUUCGCAUAUCAUUCUGUGCUCGGCUUGACGUCAUUUUUUUUUACUCUAGCAUUGACCGAUGUAUAUUCAGGGACAUAUGCAGACUGCACUGAUCAACUUUGGGCAAGACUGGAUCGCGAUAUACACGAAUGCUUUCAAAGCAUUCAAAAUGACUUACUUGCUCUUUGCGCCCCAAAAAUUGACGUCACAGUGUGCGAGAAGGUAUAUUUAAUGGGAAGCAUCAUCAAUUUCAUUGUUUUCGAAUGCGCGCUAGGACAAUCAGCGGGCUGGAUGGUGCACCUGCCUCCAGCAAUUGCCCUCUUCAAGGACUUGCUUAACAGACCCGGGAGAGGAGAGCCCAAGAUGCGCUCCACACUCCUUGCUAUCGGGCCCCCAAUAUGGUAUAAAGCGGAAAACGAAACUUAUAUUUGGAGUCCUGAACAAGCUGGCUUUCGCUUCUUCGCCGCGCUACUGGUGUUUUGUGAUAUUAUUGCCAGCACAGCACUUCGAAAGGCACCGCAGCUCACUAUGUAUCACGAUACAGUCCUUGAUUCAGGCGAUAAUGGAGCACCCGUUUUAGGUUUUACCCAAAUUCGGCUCUCUGCGAUAGUGGGAUGCCCAAGUUCUGUUCUCCAAGCUAUUGGUCAGAUUGCGACGUUGGAUAGCUGGAAAGCCGAACAAAGCGCCAUGAAUGAUGACGUGCAAUCAGAGUUAUUCGAGCGCUCUUCUUCCAUCUCCUUAUCCUUGGCCAAUGCUGAGGCACGAUUGGAGCUCAAUCACUUAGAAUCAGCUCCUCACUCUGAUCCCCUCCUUCCCUUUCGAUCAUAUGCUGUCCGAGUCACCACAGCAUCACCGUAUAGGAUUACUACCUCCGUCUGGAUUAGUGCUGCUCAAAUAUACCUAUCCUUGGUUGUGAAUGGCUUUAGGUGGUCCGAUGCCUCCAUCCAUGAUCUCGUGGCCAAUAUUCUGCGAUUGAUUCCAUUAAUCCCUUCCAACGAAUUUCGAACAUUAGCAUGGCCACUCUGUGUUGCUGGCUGUCUGGCUUCACAAAGUCAAGAGAGUUAUUUUCGUGAAAUUUUCGCUACUAAGAAGAUUCUUGAGAUCAUUGGCUCGCCGAAGGAAGCCAUUCGAGUGGUGGAAAAAGUCUGGAAAAGCAGGUCUAAUAUCGAUGAAAAGACUUGGAGCCUUGCCUCCUGCCUUGGCAUUCUCGGCAAUCCUUUGCUUUUAAUAUAA